AUGCCUACCCGUUACCCCGGCCGACAGGAUGCCGACCCGACGCCUCUAGCCCAACCGCUGAGCUUCCCCUUCUCGACGACCGUCGCCCCCAACCGCCUCAUGAAGGGCGCCAUGUCGGAGCGCGUGUGCACCUGGGAUGUCUCUGACGUUUCCAAACGCGGUGCUCCCACCGAAGAACUCCUGAACCUCUACCGCAACUGGGGCACCGGCAACUGGGGGAUCCUACUCUCCGGUAACAUCCUCAUCGACCCGGCGCACCUUGAAGCACCCGGGAACCCAGUCAUCUCCCUCGACCACAAGCCCGUCGAGGGCGACGAGCGCUUUGAGACUUGGCGCCGCGUAGCCGCGGCGGGCAAGGCCGGGGGCUCUCUCUUCCUGGGACAGAUCAGCCACCCGGGACGCCAGGUCGUCAGCGCCAUCCAACAAAACCCCGUCUCCGCCUCGGACGUGCAGCUGGUGACGGACUUUUGGGGCAUGAACUUCGCCAAGCCGCACGCAGCGACGCCGGAAGAGAUCGAGAAACUCGCAGAAGGCUUUGUGCACUGCGCCACGUACCUAGAAAAGGCCGGCUUCGACGGCGUCCAGCUCCACGGCGCGCACGGCUACCUGAUGGCGCAGUUCCUCUCGCAGACGACCAACAAGCGGACCGACGCGUACGGCGGCCCGCUGCGGAAUCGCGCGCGCUUCAUCACCGACAUCGCCGACGGCAUCCGCGCGCGGACGGGUCCCGGGUUCGUCAUGGGCAUCAAGAUCAACAGCGUCGAGUUCCAAGAGUCCGGGUUCACGGUCGACGAGGCCGCGGAGCUGUGCCGGCUCCUGGAGCAGCACGGCUUCGACUUUGUCGAGCUCAGCGGUGGCACGUACGAGAAGUCCGGGUGGCACCACAAGAGGGAAAGCACCAAGGCCCGCGAGGCCUUCUUCCUCGACUUUGCGGAGAAGAUUGUGCCGCAUGUGAACAAGACCAGGACCUAUGUCACGGGCGGCGUCCGCUCGGUCGGCGCCAUGGUUGACAUCUUGCAGGCCGGGCUCGACGGCGUGGGUAUCGGACGGCCUGCGUGUACGGAGCCGAGGUUGCCAAAGGACAUAUUCGAGAACGGUGUCAAGAGUUGCAUCAAGCCCCUGAUCGACGAGCAGGAUUUUGGUGUUGGAGUCGCCAUGUCGGGAUCGCAGAUGCUGCAGAUGGGGCACAACGAGGAGCCUAUGGACCCGUCGGAUCAGAAGUCGACCGAUGGCUUGGUGAAGGAACUCACUGCUUGGAAAGCUCGAGUAGCUGAAAGUAAAGGUCAACUGUACGGCUUCGUCAGGCUAGAGUCGGUCCCCGUGUUCCCAUUUGGGAACGCUGCUCCGGCAAGAUUGUGA